AUGGCCGACAGUGGCGACAGCUUGCGCGCGAAUGACGAGAAUGACCUCAAGCUGGUUCGUGCUAAAACCGUAAUGUAUUCAGAGGUGGGCGCGGCGAACGCAAGGCUGCCUGCACCGUGGGAGUGUGACGCACCGGAAGUGCUACGGAUGCCGCUACGGCGCGGCCUACAAAAGCAAAACAGCGCAGAAUGUUUGCAGGAUGAUCUAAGCCCCCGU